AUGGCUUCAAAGGGCGCAGAGUCAACGUGCGAGGCGGUCCUAUUGCCAGCAGAAGGGACAUCUGCCCCCGAAACAGAACCGCCAUACCACAUCUUGUCGAAGAAACAGAAGUGGAAUCUGGUCAUCUUCGUCUCUCUGGCAGGUUCCUUCUCCCCCCUAUCCUCAAAUAUCUACUUUCCCGCUCUCGAUACGAUAUCCAAGGACCUCGGGGUCAGUACUUCGCUGACUUCCUUGACCAUCACCGUGUAUAUGAUCGCCCAAGGCAUUGCCCCUUCGCUCUUCGGCGCAUUAUCCGACUCCUCCGGCCGCCGCCUUACCUUCGCCGUCAGCCUGACCAUCUACACUGCGGCGAAUUUGGCUCUUGCCUUCACGUCCAACUACGCAAUGCUCAUGGUCCUGCGAGGCCUGCAGGCCGCGGGGUCUGCAGCCACCAUUAGCAUCAGCGCCGGGGUUAUCGCUGAUAUCGCCAGCCCACAAGAGCGUGGUGGUUUCAUGGGAACAAAUGCUGGUGUUCGCAUGUUGGGACAGGGAGUUGGCCCAGUAAUUGGAGGACUUUUAAACAACGCCUGGGGGUUUAGAAGCAUCUUCUGGCUGCUGUUUGUCAUGGGCACAAUCGUCCUCGGCGCACUUCUUAUUUUCUUACCCGAAACCCAGCGUAGCAGGGCUGGGAAUGGCAGUAUCCCUCUGUCAGGCUUCCAUAAACCCCUGGCCUACACCUUCAAGCCGCCGAUCGCCUGGACUCAAAACCCCGGCACAGCAAGGCCACCGAAGCCUCACACUCCAAUGAGCCUAGAGAAAGCCUUCAGUCCUCUGGCCUACAUUCUUGAAAAGGACAUCGCCGCGCUCCUUGCCUGGGGCGCGAUUGCCUACACGGCCUGGAGCAUGGUGACCUCUUCCACAACCUCCAUGCUCCUUCUCGGCUUUCCUCACCUCGCCCAGUGGCAAAUCGGCGUAUGCUUUCUUCCCAACGGCCUGGGCUGCAUGGCUGGCUCCCUCAGCACAGGCUGGCUGCUCAACCAAGGCUUCCGCAGCGCUGAAGCCAAAUUCAAAGCCAAGCACGGCAUCGCCGCCAACGAGGCCAUUGUUCCUGGCACCCACAGCGAGGAUUUCCCCUAUAUACAAGGCCGGCUUCGCUCGAUGCCCCUCUUCAGCAUUGUCCUCGUCGUCUCCCUGGCCCUUUACGGUCCAAGCUUCCGAUUCAACGAGAUGCAUCGAUACUUCGGGCCCAAUCUUGCUGCCCCCCUUAUCCUGCAAUUUCUCAUUGCGUUCACGGCGACAUCGAUCUUCAACAUCAACUCCACCGUCUUGAUUGACUGCUUUCCAGACCGACCUGCGAGUGCAACCGCGUUGAACAACCUCUGCCGCUGUCUUUUGGGUGCCGCAGGCGUUGCGGCGAUCGAGCCACUGAUCGGGGCUGUGCGGGCAAUGCGUGCUUUCCUCAUCGUGACCGGCAUAGUGGCGUUCUUUACGCCGCUAAUAUGGGUCGAGUGGAGAUUUGGGGAGAAAUGGCGGAAAGACCGAGAGGAGAGACUUGCUCAGCAGAGGCCACAGUCGUAG